GGUCGGGUCGAGUCAUUUAUCGGUUCAACCGAAGGAAUGCCUUUUAGGGUAGAUUUGAGGGCGCAACCGAGCUGCAGAAAGCAGAAAGAAAGAGAUUUGAGGGCCCAAUUAUCCGGGAGUGUUUCGGAAUCUGUGUUGUGCGGAGACUUGGUGACUCGAUUCCUUUCAAUUUGCCGCAAUCUUUCAGGUUCUUCAUCCGAUUAGGGCUCGUUUGAUUCUGCAUUUUGUUUCAUAAUAUCAGCACACAAGAUCCUUCUCCCCAAAAUGCUCUGUUUAUAGGAUGAGUUUUGUUGCUCCAUUUUUUUUAAUUCUACCGCUUGAGCUUUCUCCCUACUGCCAUAUUGCAUUAAUAUCGGAGCAAGCAUGUUUAUUCAACCAUGGCUGAAGGGGAGCUUAUUUUUGUUAUGGUUCUCGUGUUCGUCUCACAAAAAAUGGAAGACUCAUGCGAGAAGAUUGAACCUCAAGAAAAAGAUACGUCAUCGGAAGGAUCCAAGGUUCUGCAGAACAGUUCUGAUGAUGCUAAGGUGCUUGCUGCUACUGCUCUCUCAGCUGUUAGGGACUCUACAUCUACUAUUUCUGGCAGAGGGAAAGUUGAGAUCAGGGAGAUAAGGGACUUCGCAGGCCAAAAUGUGGAAAUUAAGAAGUUUGUAGAUGCUUAUUCAAAGGAAGCACACGAGAAGAUGAAGGCACCUGCUACUUCAGCUGUUGAUGCAGUCCUGGAACAAAUUAAGAAGAAACAAAAACUUAGUGUUCUUGACAAGACAAAAAAGGACUGGGGAGAGUUCAAGGAAGAAACUAAGGGUCUGGAAGGGGACUUGGCUACUUACAAGAAGAGCUCAAAUCAGUAUCUUGAGAAAGUUUCGUUUUUGCAGCGAGCUGACUACAGGGAGUUCGAACGAGAGAGGGAUGCACGGUUGUCUUUGCAGGCCAGGAGGAGGCCCGACAUGUGAGAGGAGCCAUGAUUAAGCCAUCAUCCAAAGCUCUGUGAAGAUGUGCCCUUCUGUUGAGGUUCCAGAAUUUCUUGUGCGGAUCAUUUUUCAAUAGGAGGCAGGGCCAUCGGCUUAGCUGAUGCAGAUGUGAUGAUUUAGAGUGAUACUGGUUUAACAAAUAGCUUGACACCUACUUCUAUUACUCCAAAGUGUGUGUAUAGAUGAAUUAUUAUCCAUACCCAACUUGACACCGGCUUAGCUGAAUAUUAUUAUAACCAAUACUUGACGAUUCAUCGGUGUCUGCUCCAUGUAGAAUAGCUUGUUUACAAGCCUCUUGGGGGUCUUGACUUCACCUAUCCAGAAGAUUCAAAAUAAUUUAGGCAGCUUUCUUUUGCCAUG